AUGGAUUAUCUCUCUAAGCCCGGGUUCCUCAGUGUCAUUGCUGGAGUCGCGUGCGGCGUGUGCCUGGGAUGGGGCGUUCGAGGGAGACUUUUAAGACAGCCCAAAACCGGAAUGACUGCGCCCACCAGCAAUCUGGGGAGCGAAGCUGACAUCAUGGGAGAGUCCGGAGAGUUCAAGAUGGUGCUGAUUGUCCGCAACGAUUUGAAGAUGGGGAAGGGUAAAGUAGCAGCACAGUGUUCCCAUGCCGCUGUUUCCGCCUACAAGCAAGUUCAGAGAAGAAAUCCCGAACUCCUGAAACAGUGGGAGUACUGCGGACAGCCAAAAGUGGUCCUCAAAGCUCCCGAUGAAGAGACUCUGAUCCAACUCCUGGCUCAUGCUAAACACCUCGGACUGACUGUGAGCUUAAUACAAGAUGCCGGUCGUACUCAGAUAGCUCCAGGCUCCCAGACAGUCCUUGGUAUUGGACCGGGACCAGCUGAUGUAGUAGAUGAAGUUUCUGGUCACCUAAAACUCUUCUAA